ACGUCACAUUUUUUAUGAGAGUUUCUUAACUGCAAUGUCUGCUGACUCUUUUGGUACUCAUCGCACAUUUCCAAUUUCUAAUGACAACAUUUUAGAAUCGGACGAAAACUUAUGCGACAUCAUCGUGGUGGACGAUGUCAGAAUUACUCCCGGGUAUGUGCACUUUAAGAACGCAUAUCAAGGUAAACGUUUCAAGCAAAAAGUGGUCAUACAAAACUGUGGUAAACACUUGGCUUUCAUCCGAAUGCUCGAGUCGAGCUCAAAAAGUUUCACAAUCAUGUCCUUUCCAAAAGGGAUUUACCUUUCUUCAGGUAUGAAACUAACUCGUACCGUGAGUUACACUUAUGACAAAACGCUAGGGGUUCUAAAAGGUUUCGUUAACAUAUGGAUUAACGAAAAGGAAAUCAAUUACAAAUUUUUUGUGACCUUGACGCAAACCAUUCUCUCGAUAGAGCCGCAACAAGUAGAUUUCGGUAAUCUAGAUGCCGUGAACCGAGCGUCUUCUAGAACUUUUUAUCUAAAAAACUCUGGUUGCAAAGGAUCAAUGUUUGCUAUAGAUUUGGGUCGGAACCCUCUAGGUCUUAUGGUUCAACCCAUGAAAGGAGUAAUUUCGGCAAAGAGUACUGUGCCCAUAACGGUAGAAAUCGUUGGUUCCAAAGUAGGAGAUUUCUUAGAAGAGUUAUGGCUGAAAACAGAUCCUCCGUUGAGGAUCGUAGUCAUGGGAACGUUUAUCGAACCUAAAAUUGUCCUACGAAAAUGGAUCAGCGGCUUAGACUUCACUCUAAUGCAUUUCAGUUCCACUUACUACGGUGCUGGUACUACAAGACCGCUCUUUAUUAAAAAUUUUAGUUCAUCGCAUUCGAUGUACUGCAUAAUGGCAGAGGUCAGGGGUACUACUAUGACUUUGGAAGAAGCAAGAAAAAUCGACGAUAAUUAUCGUAACUUUUAUGUAAGACCGAUAGACGGGCGAGUGGCAGCUCUUAAAGGAGCCAUCAUUCAAUUAUCAUUCACGCCGAAGGCUGAGCCGAGAAGAGUACAGCACUACGCCGCAUGUUUCCUGAAGAUAAUUCGCAUGGACUGCAAGGACGUGGAUACGGAUAUAUACGAAUAUUCAAAUGAAAUUCAUCGAGAUAUGAGCGACGUUGCCUCGUACGCCCCCAGCAGAGACACUUUUUUUAAGGAAAACAGUACGAACACCAUCGUGAGUUUUACCGCCGAAGAAGACACAUUAGGGGGCGAACAUGAGUUUAGUUUUGAGCAUUCAAUAGGGGUUUGUCUUUAUGGCGAAGCGGAAGCUGCCGGCGUUAUUCUGAGACCAACAUUCCUCGCUUUAAGCGAAUUGACUCUAGAUAAGUUGUAUCAGCGGGAGAUACUGGUUACCAAUAAAUCACAGAUUUUACCUGUGAAGGUGGUUUACCAAAAGGUGGCAUCCAUCGAUGUAAGACCUACAGAAUUUGUGUUGGCACGUGGUGACUGCUUAGAAAUAUUGGUUACAAUAAGAUCUACCAAACUGGAUUUGCUGGUCAAGGAGAUCACUUUUGAACUGCUUGCAAGAGAUGUUCCUCCAGAAAAGAAUGUCGUUAGAAAAGUGGGCGUAGCUCAUUUGACAAUUCGCUUGGAAACUUCUGCUGUCGUAAGAAAGCCAAAGUUUGAUCACUGUGUUGUCUGUACCGAUAUAAAUGACAGGUUAGAUCCGGAGUUUCCAUUUCGGCUUAACGAGAUGGAAUUGGCGAAGAAAAGAAAAAAUGACACCUACUACAUGAAUUACAUCCGAAGUUUACAAAGGCGUCUACCUGAGCGACGGAGUCGUUCUAUCGUACAGAAACUGUUACGGUGUUCAAAUAUGCCAUAUAAAGAACCACUCGAGGAUCAAUGUCGUUACUGUAAACAAUUCAUACCGUUACCGCCAAGUUUACUGUAUAACGUAAAGAUCACUCCAAAGUCGAUAACUCUACGAAAGGUGGCAGCUUACACGACCAUAUCCGAUUAUUUCGAAAUCGAAAAUUUAAAUACGUUUCCCAUCCAAGUCUCUACAAAAUCGUCAAAGACUUGUAUAGUUUUCGAUCAAUUAAAGCACGUUAUUCAGAGUAAAGAAAAAAGAAAAAUCAUCUUCGAGUUUAGUACCACGGAAGUUGGGAAAUAUAACGUCAAUAUAAACGUCUUAGUCAACGACAGUACGUUGUAUGAAGUGACAGCCGUAGCUCAAGUGGUUCCCAAAACCCUUAAAAUAGAAAGCGAGACCAUAGAAUUCUCGCAAAGAGACGGACAUUUUAAAUUUUUCAGAUUAAUUAACAAUCUCAACGCGUACACCGUAUUUUCUUGGGACGUGCCUGACGGUUGUUACAAGAUAUUCCCCAUGUUAGGCGGUAUCCAGGCUGAGAGAUCUAUGCUGUGCUUGGUUACGUUCGAUCCAGGUCUGUCCCUACCCGUGAAAACUGAAUGUACUUUGACUUCUGAAAGUGGCCAACAAAGAGUACUUGUAAUAUCGAGCCAAAAACGAGAGCCUCUUGUGGCUUUCGACAGUAACAACAUCGACCUAGGGAUGAUUCCUUUAAAUGUAUGCGUCAUUAAGAAACUGACUCUAACAAAUUUAAAAAGAUUUCAAACUGUAUAUCGAAUUGAUAAUUGUAAUCCUAUUCCUGGAAUCGUUGUGGAACCGAGCGACGGAGUUUUACAUGAGUUAAACAGUGAAACGUUCACAAUCAGGAUAUUACUGAAGGCGGUUAUUGAGUUCUCCGUGAAACUACAAUUUAUAAUCGACGAAAUCGAAACGAUAGAAGUCGGCUUGGAAGGAAAAGUCGCUUUUCCUAGUCUGAUAUUCAAACCCAGUAUUUUACACUUUAGAAAGAUGUCGCCGUGUUCUUUCGAUACUUUGGCGUUUAAAGUUACCAAUUCCUCUCCCUGCGAGUCGUCCGUCGCUUUCCCAUUUGAGGAGUAUCCGGAGUUUACCGUCAGCGAAGACGAAGACGAUUUUACUCACCAAAGUCAGAUAACGCUUCCGGCUGACGCGAGCAAAAUGCUGUUCUUGCACUUUUUCCCUGUGUAUAUUAGCACCUACUCGAUACUCUUGCCUUACGUCGUCAAUGGUAUUAUCGGACCGACACGCGUUAACAGCGGUCGUUCGCGCAAUGCUCAAUAUUACCUGGAAGCGAAUAUGCCACAAUACGAAAAUUUACCGUCCGUAAAACUCGGAAAACUUCCCUUAUGGCUGGCGACCGUUCGCAUUAAUUGUGCAGCGACGGACGUAAGUCUUGCUCUUUCUCAAGCUGACAUUGGUUUUGUGUUUUACGGAAAAGGUCACUACAAUAAUAUGACGAAGACCGAGUUUGUGAUUUCCAACGUCGGCAGCAAAAUGCACACGUUCUGUAUCAGAACGGACGAAUUAAGUGAUCCGUUCUCUUUGACACCAAAGAGCGAUUCAAAUAUAGAGAUUUACGAUUCGUCCUAUAAGAUCAUGUUAGAACCGGGCGAAAAAAUAGUGUUCGACGCAGAGUUUUCGCCGUCGGAAGUCGGAGGUUACGAAGUCAGAUUACCUAUUUUCCUGAAACAUUACUUCGACAACAAGAUGUUCAGUUGUUUAAGAAUGACAGGAGUGUACGACCGGCCUAAGAUAAUCUCGAUGUACGAACGUUACGCUCUGGAACCGGUUCCUGUCGGUUUAAUAAGUGAUCAAAGUAUAUUUUUAAAUUUGCAUGACCACUUUGAAAAUUGCCAGAUCUUUAUCGAGACUGACUUAAUAGGAGUAACUGUUAGCUUUGACGAAAAGCCAAAGAUAGGCGAUUUUCUGCUGGGCUCGACGCUUCAUUUUAAAACAACAAAACCCCGUUGCAUUAAUACUGAAAUCGUUUUUCGCUGCACUUGUAAAGCUGAGUGCACCAUCGCAGUCACUGGAGUUGUAGAAAAUUGCCUACUGACGACGCAUACUUACGCAUACAUGUUGCAGAAUCGGGAAUCAAAGGUUGAGAAUCCGUCCGAUACUUCGUUCCUCAAUGUGACUCCCCGUUCUAAAUUUGUGAAUAUGACAGCUAAUCAGAAUACGAGCUGUUUUCCUUUGUUUCCCGCUGACGAUGACUAUUCCGACUAUGCUUGCUACAUGCGAAGCGUGCGGAAAGCUCUAGAAGACUGGCUCUACUCUCAAGCGUUUUACUUGAAGAGCUAUCACAGACUACCAGACGGCUUCGCAGAUUUCGCUAAAAUUCACAAAACCAAAACAGACAAGAAAUUCGGACACGUGAGGCCAGCGCACGUCGAAGAUUUACCACUUGUCGUGCUGUUGAUAAAUUUUGCCGGCCCCCGCGUUAGAAAAAUAUUAAUGACGACCAAGACACCCGAACUGGGCGACGAGAUGGGUUGGUUCAAAUUCACCUACACGACCAGAUGCAACGUUUUAAAGUAUCUUCGACAGUUUCCUGUCUAUUUGCCCCACGUUAAAACAAAAUAUCUUCUGAAUUACGAACAAUACCAAUUUUAUGUAAAACUGAAACAUCCAGAGACGAAGAUCAUGGACGAAUCGACUUACCGUCGACUAUGCACCCAAUGCUUUGUCGAUUUGAUUUUGCAGAUCAUUAAAGUUUUCGUCUUUGAUCGCGUGAUACCUCUGUCGAUGCCGACCGACGCCGAACAGGAAGAAGACGAUUCGUCGUUGGCGUACGACCAUCUGUAUGCGGUUAUGUCGGCCGAGCACGUCGGCGAGGACAUUUUAAAAACUGGAAUUUACGGCUCGAGAGAAAAAGUGCUAAUAAAGUGGCUGCAAACGUGUUACGACGUGCAGAAAGAAACUCUAUGGAACAGACGGCCCGCCGACAGGGAAGUAAUUUUUUUCGAAACAGACUUGCGAGACGGACUCGUCCUGGGCGCUACCAUAGCUCAAUACGUCCCGUACGUUAGUGAAGAAAUCCGUGACAUGUAUUCGAACCCACGAACGUGCGAAGAGCUGCACCACAACGCCUGCAUCCUAGUCAGAACUUGCCAGCUGUUGCGCUUCAGCUACAUCCUCAGACCUGACGCGUUCUUGCAAAGCAACGCCAUCGAGAUGCUUCUCUUCGUGACCUACUUGUACACCAUCUUGCCGUAUUACGCCCCCAAGUCUACCAGAAUGAUAGAAGCGCCUCUGACGGAAAAGUCCACGAUUCCGAUCCAACUGGAAAACUUAGGCAACGACCCCAUCGUUUACGAGGUGUUGUUCUUCAACAACCCGAACGGGCUGUUUUUCGCACUCGAAUCCGUGGUGACGAUCGCGCCGCAAACCGAAAAAGCCGCCAGAAUUCGAUAUCAUGCCAAGUUCGUCACGACGGCCACCACCACCGUACUGUUCUCUGGGGAGACACCCGAAAACAAGUACGGUAGGAGCAUCGCCAUGACGCUCCUGGGCGUAGCUGACGUUACCGAAGCCUACCAAGAGAUGCCGCUGACCCUCAAGUUGUACAAGCCCUGUCAGCUUUCUCUGCCUAUACACUCUCCUUUUCACGUACCGUCCUCGUAUACUGCUAUCUUCGGGCCGUAUACGAACCCCGCGGACUGCAACAAAGUGUUGUAUCCUUGGCAGGAGUUGAGAACUUUGAAAAGGCCUAAAGAGUUGAUCAUGCACCAGGACACAUUUGAGUUCGAUUCAGAAGGCAACACGACGGUAUCUCCGGUAGUGUGCGUUCAAAAAAUUGGUCCUAGGGAUAUACUCUGUUACUGGACGAAUCCAGAAGUAGGAGACUGGGUGGUUAAAGUACACCUCUUAGGAAAACCGACAGAGGAGUGCUACGAACGUAUAGAUGUUAAGAUUCCUCCCCAUUACUCACAGUUGACGUGCAAAUGCCAAGUCAAGAACGUCAAAACCGGAUGUCCGAAAUUACUCUACGCUAAGUUGCCCAAGAUCAACACGCCCUUGUGGAACGCGCGUAAGAAGAUGCUCCUGUACAGCGUCGAAGAGGGCGCGGAAAAGCAAUUUUGGUCCAGGAUAGUCUAUACCUCUAUGGGCACUCGGAUUCUCAAGCUGAUCUUCAAUUCGGAAACUCAUCCUGUGGCCGAGAAUAUCCCAGACUCAAUGACUUAUCUCGUGGACGUCCUCAGCUCAAAACUCUUCAUAACUGUGGAGAAAGUAGUGAUAGACGACAUCAUUUCUGACGACUUUUACGAACUUCCCAUUCAUCCUCUGAAAAGCGUCCUCAGGAACAAGAUCGCCAAAUUGCACCUCGUCACGGAAAACGGUCUAGAAACGCGAUUUUAUAAUCUGCAUUUCAUAAAAGGCGAAUCGAUCCACAAAGAAAGCCUGAUGGAAACAAACCAAUAA